GCGUGCGGUAAGUAACGCCGGGUUCGCCUAUUGUUUGAAGUUUAGCUCUUCGAUUCGUUUUCUCUGUAACUUUUACGCUCUUGUUCUUUACAUGGCUUUUAUUCUCUACGUCUACGUACGUCAAUAAUGUACUGUAAAAGUGAGAUUUAAUUAGCAGCUAGAACCGACCGACCGAGCUAGGUCGUUUAUGUCCGAAAUACAGUGUCUGACUAGAUGACAUUAAAAUGACUGAUUAAAUGGACCCAGAUAGCUUGCAUGCGCGUCUGGAGUGGUGCUUUACAACUCGAGAUUGACUAUAAUGCUGUAUUCUAUGUAUUUAAUGUAUUGCAGACGCGCAGCGGUGUACUGCGUUCCUUAGAAGUGUUCACUAAGCAAAACGCGACCGUUUUGGUGAUAUUCUAUAUGUGACACUGAUGUGUGUGUUCUUCUUUCUACAGUUUGUGUAUUGACUAGCGAUUCAAGUAAGACGUCUUUUGUCUCCGCAGACGCGCGUGCGUGUGCACGACGCUUGUGUCUUUUCCUCUCUUGUUUCAUUUUGGACAGAAUGGAUGACAAGUCCGCAUUCAGGCGAGAGACCUUUAGCGAGCCCACCCUCCAGCCUUCGCCCGAGACCGUGGAGCUGUCCAACGCCUACAAGCGUCGGCCGACCCCGUCUUGGGUUUGGAGCGCCCAGAGGAUGACGGAGGAGGCCAAGGACCGCGUGGUGGCGAGCGUGGGCGAUCCCGGGAACGCCCGGCCAGUGCUGAGCGAGAGCACGGUCCAGUACCGGGGCGAAACAUUUAAAUGGCUGCUGAGCCACGAAGUGGGAUACGCCGUCAUGGUGUUGGCGGUCCAUCAAACAGGGACAGGUCCUCCUCUCCUGGGUGGGAGGACCAACGUCUCGUCGGCUUCGGGGAACAUCAGAGCGUCUCGUAUAGGGACCUGUAUGAGGAUAAGGACAGUUAGAAGAGGAGUUACGUCCUGUGGAUCUGGCGGCAGAAGGUUAGGCCUGAGAGCAAGAUGGAGGCACUGCAAAAAAGCAGGCGUCUUCAGCCAUCGGAGUUCCAAAGCCAGGCGCGCACAGGAGCCUUCCUACGCCAAGCUGCUGGCUGUGUCCAUGGAACUGGACGCUGAAGCUAUAAUGGGAAGGACUUGGAAGCGGUCAGCUCUCUUGUCCUCUACUCCAGAGGUCCCUGCACCACCCCAGCGCUCCCUGCAGAUGGCUGAACCGGAAAAGCAGACUUCGCAAAUGCAGCCAAUGCCCACUGCUGAGGUGCUUCUGCCUGAGGGCUGGAAGCAGAUGCUGCCCAGAGAGCAGCAUCAGUGGGUGAGCUGGGUGCUCUUCAACAGAGAGCAGUCUGGGAGGCCAGUGCUGACCAAGAAUCUACGUCUGUGGUGGUCGCCUCCCGGACCCUGGCUGGUUUACAUGCAACCUCCGUCUUCGUUCAACGCCUUCUUUCACAGCAGACUGUUCCUGUGGAUGCCGUACCGCAUGUCGGCAUUCAAGCUGCUUUACGCACAACCCGAGUGCCGUCGGCUGGUCCAUAAGCUGACGGCCUGUGGGCUGUACAAGACUUUCCGGAGGGUUUUGGAUUUCAGUGGCUGGUACUUCAUGGCCACUGUGAAUCUGUAGUGCCGCUGCUGUAAGAAGAAGGUGGCGGGCUAGUCGCAGGACAUAUUGGAUCAGCUGAACCCCGUCCAUUGGGCGAAGUUCCCAGUGGUUCUGACAUACAAGUGUGUGUGUGUGUGUGUGUGUGUGUGUGUGUGUGUGUGUGUGUGUGUGUGUGUGUGUGUGUGAGAGAGAUAUUUUGUGAUGGAUUAAUGUGUGACCUGUUGGUUCCUCUGUGUGAUUUUGUGUUGGCAUUCUUUAGCCUGUCCUGCGACAAGGGGGUCGUUUGCCUGAUGUGGGGUCGCUCUCUGGGGAACAGUGUGACCUCGCUGCACAGGCAUCUGUG